AUGAAUUCAUAAUGUGAAUAGCCUUUUUAAUAUAGACAACUUCGAUCCCAAUCUCUAAGUCCUUAUAAUGAUUUCAAUCUUAUAAAGUAACUUAAAAGAUAAUUGCAUUACCCUGCUCAAAAAACAAUGUAAUUGUUAUCUUUUGAAAAUAAACAAAAUCAUGAAUAAAUUGAAACAAAUAUCAUAAGCACAGGUAAAUUAAACUUUGUAAUUUACAUAAGAUAACAUUAAACACUAAAAAAAUAACUUUAAGAGUAGAAGGAACUCAUUAAUAUUUGAAGGACACUCUAUUCCAAUUAAUCCAAUUCUCAGAUAUAGUAUGGAAGGUUAUCAAAUAAAAAACAUUGCUCCAAAGAUUUUAGCAACCAAAAAUUUCUCAUAAGAAUUAACCAAUAGAAAAUAAAGACCCCUUAAUCCAAUCAAUUCCUCAGAUUGUAACAAUGAUGAUGAUGCUAACAAUCAGUAGACUGUCAUUGAAUAAAAUCAAAAUUUAUCACCAUAAACUGAAACCAAAAGACAAAAUAUAUCUUUUUUACCUUCUAUAAGAAAAUAAAAAAUUGUGAUUGAUGAAGAAUAAUUGAUUAAGAGAUCAGAAAGAUAUGAAUAAUUAAUGGUAUUAAAAUAUUAAUUUAGAAAAAAUCCUGUAAUUAGUAGCUUAAUGAAUUAUAAUCCUUAAUUAAGAAGAUAAAAAAGUUCCCAUCUGGAUAAAAAGAGAAGAAGGUAACAUUUCUUAUUUGA